AUGAGCCGAAGGCCCGAAGCGAAGCGGAUCACGCGCCUUCUCGGUACAUCGACAUUGUCCCUCGUUUCCACCUUUCAAGCUCAUACCAAGCGCCUCCUUCCACCGAGAGAUCCCCUCUGCUUGAACGCUGCCCUGUCCCCAACCUUUCUCGCCCGGCUCCUCACCCCGCGUCCAUCCUCCCUCCAAACCGCCCUCAGCCUUCAGGCGAUCAUUCAACAUGGAGCUCGACUUCGUUACCUCACCUACCAAGCUCAUGGCCUUACAGCGCGGUUGCGAUUCCUUACAAAAGAGGCCGUACCCGCAAUGGAAGCCGAGAUUAAUCGACUCUGCGGGGAGUGGUGGAAGUUGAGGCCAAGGAUCGAGGAGACGAAGACAGAAAUGGAUGCCUGCAGCCCGCUUGGAUUACCCUGUUCUCUUCGUUCGAGCAAAGCUUACUGCCAGGCCUACAUGGACAAUACUCAAGCUCAUAACGGCACUCCCCCGUCCACCCUCAUCCCGAUCCCCAAAGGACCAUCCCUCCUCUCUCAACCGAUCUACCAUACCGCCACCGCCUACGCCCAACUUCUCGCGCAACCCGCUCUACAAACCAAGUCCGAGCAUAGCUUGCACAAGCUUCUCAGUCACAGGCUGGUAAUAGCAGAGCGGGUGAAGGAUCUGAUGGAGACCAAAAAGGUGCUGCUGGCCGGGAAGCAUCUACUGCAGGGGGAGAUAGCUAGGCGGGUGAGGACGCAGAGGGAUGAAGAGUAA